AUCCCUCCUUCAUUCCUGCUCUCUUCCUGCUCUGUCUCCUUUUCCACAACUCCGUCUGAACCUCGCCUCUCCCUCUCAUAUCACACCUCGCAUAAGCUUUCUCCUCCCUCUGAAUCUUGGCUAGAAUCAUCUCCAUCAUCUCGCCUAGGCUUUCGCCGUCUGCCUGCCUACUCGACUCAUCUCCAUGGCCGCCCACGCCGCCGCCGACCCGUUCGAGCCCCAGAAGCAGGAUCAAGAAACAGUGAUUUGCAGGUGGAAACGAAAACGACGGCCGGUGGCCUGUAACUUUUACAAGUGUAUUCAAAGUAGAAACGACAUUCCAAACAGGGCCUUAGUCAUUUCUGAAGUGAAUGGGUCCUUCGGCAAAUGGUUAUCUUUGAGGAAGGAGAAUGAAUUGUUUGAUCAAUGCACUAUGCGUCCCCUCCUAAAGAACAUGGUGAUUCAACUUGUAGGUCUGGUUGAAAGUGUACUUCUCAAGAACAAGUGCCCCGUAGGUCUUUCAAUGAAAGACUUGUACAUCAAGAUUCUUCAUAAUGGUACCGCUAAGCUGCAGGUUCUAAUCCCUGAAGUACAAGUCGCCAGUCAGGGUCUUGAGGUUAAGGCAUGGAAAAGUGUUAGGACCAUUGUUGACGGGUGCUUUGCUAAGUUUAAGAUCGUUCCAGACGAGGCUACAAGAGGCUUCAUCUCAUCAAUUGGGAUUCUGACCAAAAACACUGAAGUUCUUUUUGCUGACUUCCCGGAUCAAUGGGACAACUCCAGGAAAGGAGCAUUCCUCAUGGAAUCCUGCGCACAUGCCAACAUUGUGUCCAGUACGUUCAAUGCUAAGGAUUCAGGUCUGAGGUGGCCACUUGGACAAGACGGAGAAACUCCGUGGGUGUUGCAACAGCUAAUUUAUCGUGGUCAAAAAUUCUCUCAGUACAAUAAGGAUUUUCCGUAUGACUACGUGAAGCUCUGCAGAAACACCUAUAAGCAUUUCGAUGAGUUGCCAAAAUACAUCAAGAACAAGCUUGGAGGGGAUAAAGAUGGACUUUUAAAUCAGAUGGAGAAAUGGACACCGGGCAUAUGGCGCAUCCUAUAUGUAGCAGUCCAUAAGAAUAAGAAAUGAUGUGUGGGUAGUAGCUGAUUAUGGAACGUACGUGCAUCAGUAAAACAGACAUAGACUUGGAGCUUAUUGGAUAGCACUGCUUAUGGUCAUUGAUUCCCAUACCUUUUGUUGGACUUGGAGCUUAUUACUUAGCACUUGCUUGUGUUUUAUUGGCUGGUGACCCUGCCCAGUUUGACGCAACAAAAUUGCUAAUGCGCAGUUUUGGUAAAGCAGUUGAUCGUGCAACUGUGCACUGUAUUGGGAUAUCAUAUACUGUAUGUAACUGGGCCUCCUGGGCUCCUGACCAGUACAAGUUUGAUUCGUGGC